AUGUCUGGGAUGUCAUCAACAGUUGAUGUAUUGCCGACAGUAUUACUAACACUACACGGAAAGGACGAAACGGCAACUAUUGGCCAGACAUACGAUUUUGUUAACCGAUUGAAUACAUACCUGAAAAACCAGUCAAUCAAUUAUAUCAAAGUCAUUAACUUGGGUUUUAGUCAAACAGGUCUAAUGGACUAUAAGUGGACAUCGUUUCGGUCGAUGAGCCAACAAUCGGGACAACUGUGCCGACAGAUACAUAAGCCCCAGAUAUGGCAACAGUUAAUGAAUACAACACUGAGUAGGCGUAUAGUUUUGGUAGGGUUUUCGCAGGGAGGCCUACUAUGGCGCGGUAUGCUAUGGGGUCAGUGUUUGGAUCCAUUGCUACCCCGAUUGGAUCGCCUGAUAACGUUUGGUAGUCCACACUCGGGUGUAUUCAUACUAAACAAUUGCCAACAAAUGAUGACCCUAUCGAUGGCUAAACCGUUGGCCAAAUUGUGCCAAACUAUGCUUGAAAUUGUUAGCUUAGAUACUACUACUACUAACCGGACGGUUAUUAAACGCCGAUUACCGCCCCGGGGAUCACUGUCCGAUUUGUUUGUCUACAAUAAACUAGCCGAACAAUCAUGGCCAGUGGCCAGCUAUUGGAAUGAUCCAUUAAGUAGUAGACAACCCCUGACAUGGUUGGCCCAAAUAGACAAUCAAAUCAAUCAAAUGGACGGUCGACUACUACCAGCAACAGUAGCCAACAAAUACCUGUCCAAUAAACUGAGUCGCGGUCUGGCAUUGAUAGCAUUUGGCGCUGAAAAUAUAGUCUAUCCGCCGGUUAGCUCGCAGUUUGGCUAUUGGGACGGUUGGGCUAGAAAUUGGCUAACAUUUAAUAAGACUAAACUCUAUACGGAUGAUUGGAUUGGACUAAAACAAUUGGAUUUAAAUGGCCUACCUUUAAUAACCAAAUAA